CGAGGGGCUCGGGGAGCCCUAGGACGAGGCAUGAAGCUUCAGACCAACCCCGAAACCAACAAACGGCACUUUUCAAUGUGAAGACCCAGCAUCAUGCCACGCCUGCUGCCCACCUGGCACAAGAAGAUCAAGCUCCUGCUCCUCCUGCAUGUCCUCAACCACCAGGCGUCUGGCUCGCUGCUUGAAAGUCUGAUCACCAAACGGACGGCGUACUGGGAGAGCUGCAACACAACCCUGACCACGACCGCUUUCCCCAGCAAUGGAAGCUUCUGCAAAGGGACAUUUGACAAGUUUAUGUGCUGGCCGCACUCGUCUCCCGGAAACGUGUCCGUCCCCUGUCCUCCCUUCCUGCCAUGGAUUGGUGACGAUGUCAGCAGGAGGGCCCAUCGGGAAUGCUUGGAAAAUGGGAGCUGGCGACAGAUGGAAAACUCCUCCGAGCCCUGGAGGGACGACUCUGAAUGUAUGGAGCACCAUUUCUUUAAAGACAAGGAAGAUGAAAUGUUUCGCCAAACAGCCCUCAGACUGAUCUCUGUCAUUGGUUACUCCCUGUCCCUGUUCUCCCUCACCCUGGCUACACUGCUAAUGGCAAUGCUGAGGAAACUCCACUGUACCAGAAACUACAUCCACAUGAAUCUGUUCCUGUCAUUCAUCCUAAGGGCUGUGGCCGUCAUUUCGAAAGAAAUCAUACUGCACGUCAUGUAUUCCAACCUACCCAAGGACGACCCUGGAUGGAACUCCUACUCCAGCUCCGCGAUAGCUCUGAUGUGCAAAUUUUCCAAAGUGUGCAUGGAGUACUGUGUGGCCUGCAACUACUUCUGGCUCCUCGUGGAGGCCAUUUUCCUCCAUAUGCUGCUCUUCACCGCUGUGCUGACUAAAAGACGCCUUCUGAAGAAAUACAUGCUGCUAGGAUGGGGAACUCCUGUCUUGUUUGUGACACCUUGGACAGUCAUCAAGAUUCUAUAUGAAAACACAGGGUGCUGGUCGAUUGUGAACAGAUGGUUCUGGUGGAUAAUCAGGGGCCCAAUAACUUUAUCGGUACUGGUCAUUUUCUUCAUAUUCAUCAAGAUUCUGAUGCUUCUGCUGUCCAAGCUGAAAGCUGAUCAGGUGAAAUUCACCGACUACAGAUACAGUUUAGCCAGAGCAACACUGGUGCUAAUCCCUCUGCUUGGAAUCCAUGAAGUGGUGUUCACAGUGUUGGUAAAUGAAUGUGUGGAGGGCAGCAGCCGCUAUGCUCGGGACUUCAUCCACCUCACUCUCAGCUCCUUCCAGGGAUUCUGGGUUGCUGUGCUGUACUGUUUUGCUAAUGGAGAGGUCCAAGCUGAACUCAAAAAGCGCUGGCAGCUUUUCUUGUUCACCAACCACUUUAAGGUGAGGCCCUGCUUUCGAGGAGCCCCCCUAAAACAUCUGUGGAAGUACACCAGAGGGCGGCACCCCCGAGGCUCCCGGCAGUGCGACUCCUACGACGAGGGGGGCACCUCCACCACUCACCCCCACCUGCUCCAGGUGGCGGUGCACAGCGGGGCCCUCAGGCUGGGAGACAUGAGAGGCCAGGGGCUGAAGGGCUACGAUGCGCCGGGACUGGACUUUCUCACCCGGAAGAGCCUUUCCAGCAGCGACGGCGAGAUGACGCUCGGGGAGACCAUGGAAGAGAUUCUGGAGGAGAGCCAGUUCUGAUCCUAUACGGUCCGGAUGUAAUAUAUCAUUCCCGUACACUUUGCAUACCUCUGAGCUAAAAGGACUUUGUGGAGAAACUGCGCGUUCUUCCGAGGUCGAUUUACCAACUUGGUAAGUUGGGCUGUUUUCUGGUGCAACGCUUCAACCUAAGGCUCCAGGCUUACUUCCUCUUAGCAGUUGGCUUGCAGAUUCAAACCGCAGUGUGACUGAAGUUUACCUUAACUCAUUGGCUGCCAAAGACGUCUAUAGACGUCAAUUCAAAUACAACCGUUGACUGCCAAAGACGUCUAUAGAGGUCUUUUAUGUUUUUCAACGCGAGUGGCUUGGGGGACGAUUGGC